CUUGGUAAAAUUAGAUAUCCAUCAGAAUUUCCUACGAGCAUGCCACGUUGUUUAUUUAUAAUACACAUCUGUUCGUGAUGUUUAAUUACAAUUUAAAGACGAGAAUUUGCAGAUAAAUGGAUAAUUGAAAUAUAGACCUAAUAAUGCACGAAACGGAGGAUUUAAUGGACGAAGCAGACGAAAACCAGGAUUGGUACCAAAAUGACCUCCAACUUGCCGCAGAGCUUGGUAAAGCUUUACUUGAAACCAACAGAGAACUGGAAACACAGGCGAUGCAUUUACAGCAGGUCAAACAUGAACAAAGUCUGGAGAUUGAGUUCCUAUCAAAGCAGUUGGAAACUGCCAGAGACAAUUGUGAUUCUCGGAUGAAGGUUUAUGAGGAAUUGGACAGACACAACCAAGAGUUGGAGAAAACCAAUCAAAGACUAGUUUUAGACUCCAAGGGAGAUAAACAAAGAGUAGAAAAGUUAUUAGCCACUGUUGAGCAUUUGGAGGAUAAAUGUGAAGAGUACCAGAAAAAAAUUGAAGAUAUGAAAAAAGAAGAGACAAUAAAACAACGUCAACAAAAACAAGAAAGCAGACGUGCCUUAAGUUUGGCAAAUCUAAGGGAAAGUAGUGAUUAUUUAAAGAAUAUAUACAUUUCUGAUUUACAGUGGACAUACAAUGAUCAAUUUAAAAAAUUACCAAUGAAUCCAUAUGAAGUUGAAAUAAAGAAACUUCAAGACAGCAUGAAACAAAUGAAGGCACAAAAAAUCAUUGAUAAAAGGAAAAAGGAAGACUUAGAAACAGAAGUUUCAUUAUUGUGGGAUGAAAAUGAAGCCUUGGACAAAAAGAACAAAGAGCUUGAAGAACAAAUUCAAAUUUUGGAGGAUGACCUCCAGAAAUCUAGACUCGAGACUACAAAAACAUUGGCUUAUGAAUUAAGUAAAUUUGAUCCACAAAAUGUGAUAGCGAGUGAAGUAGAAGUUGAUGAUACAGAAUUCACGUCUAAGGGGAAGCUGGUUAAACUGGACGGAGGUGGUAGUUUAUAUGGUAGUACCGAAUCUGUCAAUCAAAUUGCACCAGACACAAAAGAACUGUCACCAGUAGAUCCUGAUAAAAACAGUGUUUCAAUUUUGAAUGAAUUAGAAACUCAAUAUCACAAUUUAUUUCAAAAGUAUGAAGAUUUGUUGCAAGGGAAGGGUAAAAGAUCUGGAAGCUUCAAUGAAGCAACAGGAGAAAGUUUUGAUGUGGUACUACAAAGACAACUUGCUGUGUCCCACAAAGAAGUUCAGACAUUGUUGAAAUUACACACAAAAGAUGCAUCCUGUGGAGAUGCAUCUGCUGAGGAUCCACCGCCAUAUAAAUCAAUUUUUAGAGAUAUAUUUGCAACGUUGAAGAAAUCUAGGAUUGAGGAAUCAGGGGAACAACCUACCUCGGCUAGUGGAACACCUUUAACAAGUCCAGUUUGUCCAGAUGAAAAACCAGUUCAGUGAGAAAGCUGAAACACUGCCAAAUUAAACAGUAUUCUUCAAUACCAUUAUGCAUAUGAAUGUAAUUUGUUUUUUAAGUCAGUACAUGCAGCAUUUCAUACCACGGUUCUUAUCAUAAAAAUAUAAUGAUAAAAUUGAUAUCAAGUUGUACUGAAAUGUUAACAACUUGCAAGUUAUUUUAUGUGCUAGCUUUUUGUGAAAAUAGUCCAAAAGGAUUUUCUCAUGAACAUUUAUGUUCGUUAACAUGAUGUAAUGGUUAUGAAACCCAGAAUGGUUGGAAAAAUGUCAUUAAUAUUAAAUUGUCUAUUAUAAAAUUUAUAUCAAAUUAAUAUAAAGUAUAUUCCAUAAUAUAAAUAUAUUUCAAUGUGUAUAUAUACACGUCUAACCAUGUGACAACUUUAUGACAGACAUUCUCCAUCGGAUAACAUGUGGUUAUACAGGGCUAACACCAUAAUAUAUAUAUACGUCUAAAAAGUGUACAACAACAGCAAAAAAAUAUGUGUGAAACACUAUACAAUAUUCAAUAAUAUUUUGGAUAACAAAUGUCCUUCAUCAGUAUGAGCAGCCUAUGUUAAAUUGCGUGAUUAGCUUUUCUAGUAAACAAAAAUUUUGAACAUCAUACAAAUUAAACACCGACCAUUGUUUGUAGAAAAGUUAAGUUAUAUAAUACUAUAAUCUUGAACUACCUAAAUAAUAAGAAUUUACAAUAUAUGGAAAGUUAGAGUUUUAUUAUUUUAUAAUCUUGUGAACUAGAUUGAAGACCUGUUGGUGACCUUCUGCUGUUGUCUGUUCUAUGGUCGGGUUGUUGUCUCUUUGACACAUUCCCCAUUUCCAUUCUCAAUUUUAGAUACAAAUUAAGUAUUUACCAAGUUUACAAUACACUUUUAAGCUGUAUAGUUUAUAUACUGUGUAUAGUAUUGUUUUCCAUAACGAUCUACCACUUUUAUAAGAAUGAUCAUUGAUUAUAAUAAUAUAUUUAUAUAAAUAUAUUCAAAAUAAAAUACAUGUAGUAUGAAAAUGCAUCUACAUAUUUAUUUAUCCAUGUUAAACAUGUAGAAACAUUUGUGUACUAUUUUAUUUUGAAUGAAUUAUAAAUAUUAACAAUGACAUGAAUACUGGAUAUCCUCAUUCAGUUAACAAUGGGACUGUGUUAUGGUAAUUUCAUUCUUUGUUUCAGCUUAAAGUCAUUUUAAUUAAGAAAUUGGUUACAUCACAUUUCAACAUGUUUUCGUACAAUCAUAUUUUUUUUUAAUAAAGAGAUCUUUAGUUGUGUUCUUCAGCAUGUUCUGUUGAUGACUCAAUGAAUUAUACCCCAUAUAUUAUUUGUAUCUAAUAUUCAACAUAUUCAAGAUUCCACCUAACACCAACAACUUUGGCUACCCUGAUUGGUUUAAUAUAAUUACCCUAAAAUAUAAUUUAAAGCAAACCAAUAUUUUUGUCACCUUUAGGUUGUCUGAAUGUUACUUGAGGACAGAUCUGACCAUCAGUGACAAACUUACUACACCUAAAAUAUCUGAGGUUUUUGAGGUGGUUUACAGUAUAAAGAUAAAUACUGUAAAUUCAGAAAUUAUUGCGAUUUUUAAAGAAUGAACAAAAAUGCGAUAAUAAUCAUUGUGAUUUUGGGGAAAGCUGCAUACAGAUAUAUGUUACUGAUAUCAAAAUGCGAGUUAUUAUUGCGAUACACACCCAGUUGCAUUAUUCCCAUUAAUAAAAACCUCGCAAUAAUUUCUGAAUUUACAGUAGUCAAACAAAAUAAAGAAUAGAGAAUUAUCGAGUGCUAAAAAAUAAAAAUAGAGAUUAAUGGGCCAAAAAAAUUAAAAUAGAGAAAAUUGGCCUAAUUUUUUGAAAUUACAGAAAUGGAGAUCCCCAUAUCUGCUUUUAUAAUAAUGUAAUGCUAACCAUUGUAUCUCUAUGUCUGUUAUUGAAACAAGACAAUCAAAACUGUGUUACUAUGUAGCUAGUUUCAUUGAAGCAGCAUUAUUAUGGUGAAUGACUUUCGAUGUUUGACCAAUACUUUUAUGAUAUUAUUGUUGUUGUUUCCAUGGAAACUCUAGUCUUUUAUUAUUGUCUAAUUUAUGUUGGAGUGAGCUAUUUUGUUUUCAAUAAAGCAUUAUAUAACUGUU